GGGAGCAGGGCGGCGGCCGUGGCGAAAGUGCGGAGUGGUGCGCGCAGGCGUGGUGCUCGCCGCCGGCUCGGCCCGGGGAGGAACAAAGGGAGCGCGGCGGCGGCGGAGCGAAACACAAAUAUAAUGUCAGGUGGCUGAAAGUUUGCCUUUCAAAAUGUCAAAAAGGCCAUCUUAUGCUCCACCUCCUACCCCAGCUCCCGCAACCCAAAUGCCCAGCACACCAGGGUUUGUGGGAUACAAUCCAUACAGCCAUCUGGCCUACAACAACUACAGGCUGGGAGGGAACCCGGGCACCAACAGCCGGGUCACGGCUUCCUCUGGUAUUACCAUUCCAAAGCCCCCAAAGCCCCCAGACAAGCCCCUGAUGCCCUACAUGAGGUACAGCCGGAAGGUCUGGGACCAAGUGAAGGCGUCCAAUCCUGAUUUGAAGUUAUGGGAAAUUGGCAAGAUUAUUGGAGGAAUGUGGCGAGAUCUCACUGAUGAAGAGAAGCAAGAGUAUUUGAAUGAAUAUGAAGCUGAAAAGAUUGAGUACAAUGAGUCCAUGAAGGCCUACCAUAACUCUCCUGCAUACCUUGCCUACAUCAAUGCAAAAAGUCGUGCAGAGGCUGCGUUAGAAGAAGAAAGCCGCCAAAGGCAGUCGCGCAUGGAGAAGGGCGAACCUUACAUGAGCAUUCAGCCAGCAGAAGAUCCAGAUGAUUACGACGAUGGGUUUUCGAUGAAGCACACGGCCACGGCUCGCUUCCAGAGGAACCAUCGGCUCAUCAGUGAGAUCCUGAGCGAAAGUGUGGUUCCUGACGUCCGCUCCGUUGUCACUACAGCUAGAAUGCAAGUUCUUAAACGCCAGGUUCAGUCUCUAAUGGUUCACCAGCGUAAACUGGAAGCUGAACUGCUGCAAAUUGAAGAGCGUCACCAGGAGAAGAAGAGGAAGUUCUUGGAAAGCACAGAAUCCUUCAACAAUGAGCUCAAAAGGCUAUGCAGUUUGAAGGUGGAAGUGGAUAUGGAAAAAAUUGCAGCUGAAAUUGCUCAAGCUGAGGAACAGGCUCGCAAGAGGCAGGAGGAAAGGGAAAAGGAAGCAGCUGAGCAAGCUGAGCGCAGUCAGAAUAACACAGCAGCUGAGGAAGAACAGGCAGCUAACAAAAUGGAGGAGAAGAAAGAAGAGGAGAGCACUCCAAUGGAGACAGAGCCUCACCCAGAAGAGAGCACAGAAAGCCAGCAGAACGGUGAAGAGGGAACAUCUACCCCUGAUGAUAAGGAGAGUGGCCAAGAGGGGGCUGACAGCACUGCAGAGGAAGGAACCAGUGACAGCAACACUGGUUCAGAGAGCAACAGUGCGACAGUGGAAGAGCCUCCUGCAGACCCCAACACUGAGGAGAGUGAGAAGAAAGAAUAAACAGUGACUUGUUUCAUGUGUGUCCUCUUAAUGAAGUACUGGUUUGAUUUCAAAAUGUGCUAAGCAGCUUUGUAUCUGUACUGCCUGUGCCACGUGUCUCCCAAGGAACUGGGGCUUGGUAACAUCUGUUAUCAGCAUAGUAACCUAAAGGGCAUUUUGGGACAGAGGAGCUCUUAGACAGAAAACAUCUCAUUCCUCUAAGCAUAGUGGUGGAUAUGUAUCAAGAUAAUUGUUUGCAGUUUUGUUUCUAAUACCAAAACCAGGAUUUCUCCCCUUUCUCUGACUAAAUUAUCACAGUGAACAGAGGUGGAUUCCCGAGUGCCUGAGUGCAGUUAUCCUGGAGUAAGCAACGCUGUGUCCCAAGGAUUUUUUCUGAGAUGGGGGAUCACUCACAGCAGCCCUUGCUUUUCACAAUUUGACUCUUUAUUUGCUACUUAGACAUCCUAACAGGAGCAAAGACCUGGCAAAGUGCAAAGCAGGAGAGCGCUUCAGUGUCUUACUGCAGUCACAGCGCAGUGACAGGCAGCAGCUCCUUGCUGUGCCCUCCCAAAACCUCAAAAAAAACCCUAUAAAAACUACUGCUGAAAGUGCCCCAUUUUGUCUGUGUGAGCAGAAGCCCUCUGCAGGGAACUACAGCCACAAACCAUUUGUUUCCAGCUACAGGAGAGCACACGCUGUGCACGCCUUGGUAAAUAGUGUGCUUUGAUGGGACGGGGGGGUGAGGUGGUCGUGUUUUUCUAAAUCUUU